AUGCCUGAAGGCGGUGAAGGCAGUACUAGCGUGCUACGUAUAUACAGAGUACAUACAUAUAGACGCACGACGUCCGUGCCUUCCAGCAACAACUCGGUGACGGCUGCUGUGGUGCUGGUAGCAACAGCAAGUAGCAAACCAUGGGAAGUGCUUUCGGCCAACGUCCGCGAGAUCUGCCGCGCACAGCGUGCCGACGGCUCUGCAGCCGUGCUCGCCAUCGGCACGGCCAACCCGGCCAACUGCGUGCUCCAGGACGAGUUCCCGGACUUCUACUUCCGCGCCACCAAGAGCGACCACCUCACUAGCCUCAAGGAAAAGUUCAAGAGAGUUUGCCAGAAGCUGGGCGUGCAGAAGCGCUACCUGCACCACACCGAGGAGCUGCUGAGCGCGCACCCGGAGUUCCUCGACGACUCCUCGCCGUCCCUCGACGCGCGGCUGGACAUCGUCAAGACCGCCGUGCCGGAGCUCGCCGAGCAGGCCUGCAGGAAGGCCAUCGCCGAGUGGGGCCGCCCGGCCGCCGACAUCACGCACCUCGUCGUCACCACCAACUCCGGCGCGCACAUCCCGGGCGUCGACUUCCGGCUGGUCCCGCUGCUGGGCCUCCGCCCGACCGUGCGCCGCACCAUGCUCUACCUCAACGGCUGCUUCGCGGGCGCCGCUGCGCUGCGCCUCGCCAGGGACCAGGCCGAGAACAACCGCGGCGCGCGCGUGCUCGUCGUCUGCGCCGAGGUCACCGUCCUGCUCUUCAACGGGCCCGAGGAGGGGUGCUUCCAGACGCUCGUCAACCAGGGCCUGUUCGGCGACGGCGCGGGGGCCGUCAUCGUCGGUGCCGAGCCAGUGGCGGCCCCGGCACCGGCCGAGCGCCCGCUGUUCGAGAUCGUGUCCGCCGCGCAGGCCAUCGUACCGGAGUCCGAGGGCGUCAUCACCAUGCACCUCACCAGGGGCGGAUACGGCGGCAACAUCUCCACCAGGCAGGUCCCCGUACUCAUCGGCGACAACAUCGAGCGCUGCCUCACGGACGCUUUUGCGCCGCUCGGCAUUAUUGGCGCCGAAUGGAACGACCUGUUCUGGGACGUGCACCCGGGCUCGUCGGCGAUCCUGGACCAGGUCGACGCCGUGCUCAAGCUCAAGCCUGAGAAGCUGGCGGCGAGCAGACGUGUCCUGAGCGAGUACGGGAACAUGUUCGGCGUCACGGUGAUCUUCGUGCUCGACGAGCUGCGCCGCCGGAUGGAGAAUGGAGAAGAGGAGGGGACGCCAGAGUGGGGGGUCAUGGUGGCGUUUGGACCCGGGCUCACCGUUGAGACUAUGGUGCUCCACCGAUCAGGCACCCCAGCCGAGAAGAAGCUGGCUGAGGCAUGA